AUGGAAGUUUUACGGCAAUUUGUUCAGAAUUUCCGGGUUUUGUCUGGUUUUGGAACUGAUCACAGAGUUAUUUCGGAUGUUGUCAAAGCUUGCGCUUCAGUGUGUGAGCUCACAUCAGGGAGGGCUUUACACGGCUGCGUGGCCAAGCUUGGUCACAUGGCAUGCGAUGAGGUUUCCAAGUCAGUUCUUAACAUGUAUGCGAAAUGCAGGAGAAUGGAUGAUUGCCAGAAGAUGUUCAGGGAAAUGAACAGUGUUGAUCCUGUGGUUUGGAAUAUUGUUCUGACUGGGCUUUCGAAUACUUGUGAUCAUGAGACGAUGAGGUUUUUCAAAGCAAUGCGGUUUGCGGAUGAACCUAAUCCCAGCUCUGUUACCUUUGCGGUUGUUCUUCCUGUGUGUGUUCGCCUUGGGAGUUCGUACAGUGGGAAGAUUUUGCAUUCUUACAUCAUUAAGAUCGGUUUGGAAAAAGAUACACUUGUGGGGAAUAAUCUGGUUUCCAUGUAUGCCAAAUGCGGAUUUGUCUUCCCUGAAGCGUGUACUGCGUUUAAUAGUAUUGCUGACAAAGACGUUGUCUCAUGGAAUGCGUUUAUUGCAGGGCUUUCCGAGAACAAUAUGAAGGCCGAUGCACUUAGAUCGUUUUCUCUGAUGCUGAAGGAACGUAAAGAGCCGAAUUAUGCAACAAUUGCGAAUGUUUUGCCGGUUUGUGCUUCUAUGGACAAGGAUAUUGCAUGUCGAAGUGGAAGGCAGAUUCAUAGCUAUGUCGUGCAGAGGUCUUGGUUACAAACCAAUCUCUCUGUAUGCAAUUCUCUUGUGAGUUUCUAUUUGAGAGUUGGGAGAUUAGACGAAGCAGCCUCGUUGUUUACAAGGAUGGGUUCCAGAGAUCUGGUUUCAUGGAACGUUGUCAUAGCUGGUUAUGCAUCAAACUGUGAGUGGUUUAAAGCCUUGCAGUCAUUUCACAAAUUGGUGCAAAAGGGGAACGUUUCUCCUGAUUCGGUAACUAUUGUCAGCAUUCUUCCUGUAUGUGCGCAGUUAAAUAGCUUGACCUUUGGCAAAGAGAUCCACAGUUACAUUUUGCGCCAUUCUUACCUCUCGGAGGAUACAUCAGUUGGGAAUGCUCUCGUUAGUUUCUAUGCAAGAUUUGGUGACACAAGUGCAGCAUUUCGGGCCUUUUCUUUGAUAUCCAAGAAGGAUAUAAUAUCUUGGAAUGCUAUACUUGACGCCUUUGCAGAUAGUCCAGAACAUUCUGAGUUUAUCAACAUCUUGCACCACUUAUUCAAUGAAGCAAUCGUUCUUGACUCUGUUACUAUUUUAAGCAUAGUCAAAUUCUGCACACAUGCACAGGGAGUUGGUAGAGUAAAAGAAGUUCAUGGGUACUCACUUAAGGCCGGUUUCUUACACGUUGAAGAGGAACCCAUGCUUGGCAAUGCAUUGCUUGAUGCAUAUGCCAAAUGUGGUAAUGUAGAAUACGCUCGUAAGAUUUUUCAGGGUUUAUCAAAGAGGAGAACUUUGGUUACCUAUAACUCAAUGUUAUCAGGAUAUGUGAAUAGUGGAAGUCAUGAUGAUGCUCAGAUUCUGUUCAGUGAGAUGUCUACUACUGAUCUCACCACUUGGAGUUUGAUGGUUCGUAUCUACGCUGAAAGGUGUUGUCCUGGUGAAGCCAUUGAUGUUUUCCGUGAGAUACAAGCUCGAGGGAUGAGGCCUAACACUGUGACUAUCAUGAGUCUCCUUCCUGCUUGUGCGCAGAUAGCCUCUCUGCAUCUAGUAAGACAAUGCCAUGGAUAUAUUAUUAGAGGUGGAUUUAGUGAUAUCCACCUGAAGGGGACUCUACUGGAUGUAUAUGCGAAAUGUGGCAGCCUGAAGAGUGCUUAUUCUGUUUUCCAGUCUGAUGCUGAUAGAGAUCUGGUUAUGUUCACUGCUAUGAUAGGUGGGUAUGCUGCACAUGGAAUGGGUAAGGAAGCACUUAUGAUCUACUCUCAUAUGAUUGACUCGGGCAUUAAGCCUGAUCAUGUUUUCAUAACUACUCUGUUGUCUGCGUGCUCUCAUGCUGGACUAAUACAGGAUGGAUUGCAGAUAUUUGACUCGGUAAGGACAGUUCACGGUAUGAAACCUACAAUGGAACAGUAUGCUUCUGUUGUAGAUCUACUUGCUCGAGGGGGUCGACUUGAUGAUGCAUAUUCUUUCGUCACACAGAUGCCAGUUGAACCUAAUGCAAACAUAUGGGGAACACUGUUAAGGGCGUGUACAACCUAUAAUAGGAUGGACCUGGGGCGCUCAGUUGCAAAUCACCUUUUGCAAGCUGAAUCUGUUGACAUAGGGAAUUACGUUCAAAUAUCAAACAUGUUUGCUACAGAUGAUAAAUGGGAAGGCGUGAUGGAAUUGAGAAACCUAAUGAAGAAAAAGGAAAUGAAAAAGCCAGCCGGAUGUAGCUGGCUAGAUUUGGAUGGGCAAAUGAAUGCCUUUGUGUCUGGUGAUUGUUCUCACCCUCAAAGAGAGAGUAUCUUCGACGUGCUAAGUACUUUACAUGUUGAGAUGAAAGAGCCAGUAGCGGUUUAA